AUGGCGGCGGAGCAUUACACGCCCCUUAAAAGACUUAAAAGGAAAGGUAGCGAAAUUAGAUAUGAGCGUCACAAGUCACUGGGAAAAAUAACAGCAAGAGAGAAGGGUUUUCUUUUUUACUUGGUUCUUUUUAUCCAAUCUCCAAGUACUGCUGGUAUUAAAACCUAUUUCAUUUUCUUUUCUUUCUUUCGUUCUUUUUUUUAUUUCUUUUCUUUCUUUCUUUCUUUAUUUAUUUAUUUAUUUAUUUCGUUCUUUUCUUUCUUUCUUUUCUUUCUUUCUUUCUUUCGUUCUUUCUUUUCUUUCUUUUCUUUUUCUUUUUUCUUUUUUCUUUUUCUUUUUUUUUUUUCUUUUCUUUCUUUCUUUCUUUCUUUCUUUCUUACUUUUCUUUCUUUCUUCCUUUCGUUCUUUUCUUUCUUUCUUUCUUUCGUUCUUUCUUUUCUUUCUUUCGUUCUUUCUUUUCUUUCUUUCUUUCGUUCUCCCUUUCUUUCUUCCUUUUCUCUCUUUAUUUCUUUCUUUUUUCUUUUCUUCCUUUCUUUCUUUAUUUCUUUAUUUCUUUCUUUCUUUUCUUUCUUUCUUUCUUUCUUUCUUUCUUUAUUUCUUUUCUUUUCUUUCUUUCUUUCUUUCUUUCUUUUCACAAAGAAGUUAUUAUUUCGCCCUCACUGCACUUUUACUCUUUGCUUACGUCUUGUUCUUUCUCACUAUUCAUCAUCUUUAUUUAUUGCUAACAUACUUUCAAUUUUUCUUUCUCCUUUUCUUUCUUUCUUUCUUUCUUUCUUUCUUUCUUUCUUUCUUUCUUUCUUUCGGAAACUGCUACUCACGGUUUUAGUCUUCUUUUUUUUUCUCUUUUCAUUCAUUCAAUGCCCCUUCGCUGUCUCUUUUCUCUCUGUUUCCAUCUCCCCUCGCUCUCUCUUUUCUCUCUGUUUCAUUCUUUCUAUGCCCCCCUUCGUUCUCUCUUUUCUGUUUCAUUCUUUCUAUCCCCACUUCGCUCUCUCUUUUCUCUCUGUUUCUAUCUCCCCUCUCUCUCUCUCUCUCUGUUUCCAUCUCCCCUUACUCUCUCUUUUCUCCCUGAUCCCAUCUCACCCCGCUCUCUCUUUUCUCUCUGUUUCAUUCUUUCUAUGUCCCCCUUUGCUCUCUCUUUUCUCUCUGUUUCCAUCUCCCCUCGCUCUCACUUUUCUCUCUGUUUCAUUCUUUCUAUGCCCCCCUUCGUUCUCUCUUUUCUCUCUGUUUCCAUCUCCCCUCGACCUCACUUUUCUCUCUGUUUCCAUCUCCCCUCGCUCUAUCUUUUCUCUCUGUUUCAUUCUUUCUAUGCCCCCCCUUCGCUCUCUCUUUUCUCUCUGUUUCCAUCUCCCCGCACUCUCUCUUUUCUCUCUGUUUCAUUCUUUCUACGCCCCCCUUCGUUCUCUCUUUUCUCUCUGUUUCCAUCUCCCCUCGCUCUCACUUUUCUCUCUGUUUCCAUCUCCCUCGCUCUCUCUUUUUCUCUGUUUCAUUCUUUCUAUCCCCCCUCGUUCUCUCUUUUUCUCUCUGUUUCCAUCUCUCUGUUUCUAUCUGUUUCCCUCGCUUCUCUCUUUUUCUCUCUUUUUCCCCAUCCCCCAUCUCCCCUCUCUUUUCUCUCUGUUUCCAUUUCUCUCUUCCUCUCUUUUCUCUCUGUCCCAUUCUUUCUGUUUCAUUUUUAUGCUCUCUCUUUUCCUCUGUUCCAUCUCCCCUUCGUUCUCUUUUUCUUUUUUUCUGUUUCAUUCUUUCUUUCCUCUCUGUUUCUUCUCCCCUCGCUCUAUAUUUUCUCUCUGUUUCCAUCUCCCUCUCUGUUUCAUUCUUUCUAUGCCCCCUUUUCUCUCUUUUCUGUUUCAUUCUUUCUCCCUUUUCGCUCUCUCUUUUCCUCUGUUUCUAUCCCCCCCUCUCUCUCUCUGUUUCUCUCUGUUUCUCUCUUUUCUAUGUCCCCCUUCGUUCUUUUUCUCUCUGUUUCUUCUUUCCAUCUCCCUCGUUUCAUCUCCCUCGACCUCACUUUUCUCUCUGUUUCCAUCUCCCUCGCUCUAUCUUUUUCUCUCUGUUUCAUUCUUUUUCUAUGCCCCCCUUCGCUCUCUCUUUUCUCUCUGUUUCCAUCUCCCGCGCUCUCUUUUCUCUCUAUUUCCAUCUCCCCUCGCUCUCUCUUUUCUCUCUGUUUCCAUCUCACCUCGCUCUCUCUUUCCUCUCUGUUUCUAUCUCCCCUCGCUCUAUCUUUUCUCUCUGUUUCCAUCCCCCUCGCUCUCACUUUUCUCUCUGUUUCCAUCUCCCCUCGCUCUCACUUUUCACUCUUUUUCCAUGUCCCCUCGCUCUCUCUUUUCUCUCUGUUUCAUUUUUUCUAUCCCCACUUCGUUCUCUCUUUUCUUUCUGUUUCCAUCACCCCUCGCUCUCACUUUUUUCUCUGUUUCCAUCUACCCUCGCUCUCUCUUUUCUCUCCGUUUCAUUAUUUCUACGCCCCCUUCGUUCUCUCUUUUCUCUCUCUUUCCAUCUCCCUUCGCUCUCACUUUUCUCUCUGUUUCAUUCUUUCUACGCCCUCCUUCUUUCUCUUUUCUCUCUUUCCAUCUCCCCUCGCUCUCACUUUUCUCUCUGUUUCAUUCUUUCUACGCCCCCCCUUCUUUCUCUCUUUUUCUCUCUUUCCAUCUCCCUCGCUCUCUCUUUUCUCUCUUUUCAUUCUUUCUAUGCCCCCCCUUCGCUCUCUCUUUUCUCUCUGUUUCCAUCUCUCCCGCUCUCUUCUCUCUAUUUCCAUCUCCCCUCGCUCUCUUUUUCUCUUUUCCAUCUCCUGUUUCAUUCCUCUCUGUUUCUAUCUCCCCUCGCUCUCUCUUUUCUCUCUGUUUCCAUCUCCCCUCGCUCUCACUUUUCUCUCUGUUUCAUUCUUUCUAUCCCCCCUUCGCUCUCUCUUUUCUCUCUGUUUCCAUCUCCCCUCGCUCUCACUUUUCUCUCUGUUUCCAUCUCCCCUUUCUUUACUCUCCCAUGUUCGUUCUCUCUUUUCUCUCUGUUUCAUUCUUUCUCCCCUCGUUCUCUCUUUCUCUCUUUUCAUCUCCCUGCUCUCCUUUUCUCUCUGUUUCAUUCCACGCCCCCCUUCUUUUCUCUCUUUUCUCUCUUUCCAUCUCCCCUCAUCUCUUUUUCUCUCUUUUUCAUUCUCUCUCCCCCCUUUUCUCUCUUUUCUCUCUGUUUCAUCUCCCCUCUCACUUUUCUCUCUGUUUCAUUCUUUCUAUGCCCUCCGUUCUCUCUCUUUUCUCUUUGUUUCCAUCUCCCCUCGGUCUCUCUUUUCUCUCUGUUUCCAUCUCCCUUCGCUCUCACUUUUCUCUCUGUUUCUUUCUUUCUACGCCCCCUUCGUUCUCUCUUUUCUCUUUGUUUCCAUCUCCCCUCGCUCUCUCUUUUCUCUCUGUUUCCAUCUCCCCACGCUCUCUCUUUUCUCUCUGUUUCCAUCUCCCCUCUCUCUCUCUCUUUUCUGUUUCCAUCUCCCCUCUCUCUCUCUCUUUUCUCUCUGUUUCCAUCUCCCCUCUCUCUCUCUUUUCUCUCUGUUUCCAUCUCCCCUCGCUCUUUCUUUUCUCUCUUUUUCCAUCUCCCCUCGCUCUUUCUUUUCUCUCUAUUUCCAUCUCCCCUCGUUCUCUCUGUUUUCUCUCUCUCUCUCUUUUCUCUCUGUUUCCAUCUCCCCUCGCUCUUUCUUUUCUCUUAUUUCCAUCAUUCGCGCUCUCUUUUCUCUCUGUUUCCAUCUCCUCGCUCUCUCUUUUCUCUCUUUUUAAUUCUUUCUAUAUCGCUCUCUUUUUUUUCUCUGUUUCAUUAUUUCUAUCCCCAUCUCUCUUUUUUCUCUGUUUCAAUCUCCCCUCGCUCUCACUUUUCUCUUUGUUUCAUUGUUUUCAUCCCCCUCUCUCUUUUCUCUCUGUUCCAUCUCCCUCGCUCUGUUUUUUUUCUGUUUCAUUCUUUCAUUCUUUUUUCUCUCUUUUCUCUCUAUUCUUUUUAUCUUGCUCUCUUUCUCUCUCUCUCUCUCUCUCUCUCUCUCUCUUUCUCUCUCUCUCUCUUUCCUUUGUAUCUACUUUUCCCCUGGUUUUCUUUCAUUUUCUUUCCCAUCACCCUUCGUCAAUUAUCUCGACCUCUGAAACAUCUUACAUUCAUUCAUGCCUUUUUCUCUAA